UUUAUUCUGCAGGAAGUUAAACAGGGUGUUUCUCUGAGAAGAUUUUGCAACCUACUGAGGUGCUAGUGCUUCUGCCCAAAAUAAGCUAAGCUAGUAUAAGCAAAUAUAAAAAGUGUGGAGGACAGCUUCAGUGAAGACACUUAAAUACUUUGAAAAUACUACCUUAAGAAUAUGAAAUUAUUUUCUAAAUUCUUUGAGGCAUUAAAAACUUCUUUUGAAGGUCAGAGUUUUUAAUGCCCAUGUAAGUUAAGCGGACUUUGAUAUAACUUGAGUUUCUAAUAUUGUUUUAUAUUUAUGGUUUUUUUUUUUUUUCAGAGAGCAGCAGUCUGCGAUACCUGUAUUCUACAAUGAAUGCCAAAUCUGCAAUCAGCAAAGAGAUUUUUGCCCCACAUGAUGAAAGGAUGCUGGGAGCUGUGCAAGUGAAAAGAAGAACAAAAAAAAAGAUUCCUUUUCUAGCUACUGGGGGUCAGGGUGAAUAUUUAACGUACAUCUGCCUGUCAGUGACGAACAAGAAACCAGCUCAAGCAUCUAUUACAAAGGUGAAGCAAUUUGAAGGCUCCACAUCAUUUGUCAGGAGAACACAGUGGAUGCUCGAGCAGCUUCGCCAGGUCAACGGUAUAGACCCUAAUCGGGAUUCCCCAGAAUUUGAUCUACUGUUUGAAAAUGCAUUUGACCAAUGGGUAGCAAACACAGCUUCAGAAAAAAGCACAUUCUUUCAGGUUCUACAUCACACUUGUCAGCGAUACCUUACAGACAAGAAGCCAGAAUUUAUCAACUGCCAAUCUAAAAUUAUGGGAGGGAACAGCAUACUCCAUUCAGCAGCUGACAGCGUGACUAGUGCGGUACAGAAGGCAAGUCAGGCCUUGAAUGAGCGUGGUGAAAGGCUAGGUCGUGCAGAAGAAAAGACAGAGGAGCUGAAAAACAGUGCUCAGCAGUUUGCAGAAACUGCGCAUAAGCUUGCCAUGAAGCACAAAUGCUGAGAUACUGCCCAAAGUUGAAAUCUUCUCAAGAGAAGCUGAAGAGGCUACAAUCAGCAACUUUUACAGGAGAUUCAGUCUUCUGUGUGCUUUUUCCUUCCCGUUCAGUGGAGAUGAAUUCUUUCAGUUUCUGUGCAGGAAAGAGUGUUGCAUUUCUACUUUUCUGACUAACUUUUGUUCCUCUUUUUUAAUAUUGCUACACAGUCCUGCGGUACUUUCUACUUGUAUUUCAGUUGUUACAGCAGUGAAAGCAAACACUGAAAAAGGACCAAAUGACAAGCUGAUCAGGAUCAAAAUUGUAAUAUUCUUCUGUGGUUGUAAAAAAAAACCAAAAAAAAAAAAAAAAGAUUGAACUGAUU